UCCCUUCCCUUCGGGCGGCUGGUCCGCGUCCUUGAGGUUGGCGCGGGGACGGGCGGGACGGCGAAGAGUGUGCUGCCCUCCCUCCGCCACGCUUGCUCGUGCUACACUUUCACCGACGUCUCCGAGAGCUUUCUCCGGAGAGCGCGCGCCAUGUUUGCGGCGGCCUUCCCUUUUGUGGAGUUUGAGCUGCUCAACAUCGACGCCGACCCGCGGCUGCAGGGCUUCUCUCCGUCGCAGUACGACCUCCUGAUCGGCACCAACGUCCUGCACGCCACCCCGUACAUGCACAACACGCUGCGCAACUGCCAGAAGCUUCUGCUGCCUGGCGGGGUCCUGCUCAUCAACGACGCGCAGCUGGCCGGUGGGUUCGUGCAAAUCACGUUCGGUCUGACGGAUGGCUGGUGGCUCUUUAGCGAG